GGCAGCAGCAGCUGCGGCGGCGGCGGCAGCGGCAGCGGCAGCACCUCUGGAGAACAGGGCAGAAUGCCUGUGCUAGAUCGAUGUUUUAACUCGGCAGAGCUGGGCAGAAGGUGGACUCCACGAGAAGGUCUGCUGCCCUCUUCCAUGGGCAGCCGGCCAGACUAUCAGCAGGGACCAUUGACCUGGGAGCUGCCAGAGAUGAUCAGGAUGGUAAAGCUUGUUUGGAAAUCUAAAAGUGAGCUGCAGGGGACCAAACAAAGAGGGCUUCUGGAAGCCGAAGAUGCUAUCAACAGCUUCUCAGGAGAUGUACGAAUAAGAGGUCAGACAGGGGUUCCUGCGGAACGCCGUGGCUCCUACCCAUUCAUCGACUUCCGCCUUCUUAACAACACAGCACACUCAGGGGAAAUUAGUACCAAGAAGAAAGUAAAAAGACUGCUGAGCUUUCAAAGGUAUUUCCAUGCAUCCCGGCUACUCCGAGGAGCUAUACCGCCAUCCCCUCUGCACUUCCUGGAUGAAGACUACCUGGGCCAGGCAAGGUAUAUGCUUUCCAAAGUGGGAAUGUGGGAUUUUGACAUCUUCUUAUUUGAUCGCUUGACAAAUGGAAACAGCCUGGUCACGUUGCUGUGCCACCUCUUCAACACCCAUGGGCUUAUUCAUCAUUUUCAGUUAGACAUGGUGACUUUACAUAAGUUUUUAGUUAUGGUUCAAGAAGAUUACCAUAGCCAAAAUCCUUAUCAUAACGCUGUACAUGCGGCUGACGUCACCCAGGCCAUGCACUGCUUUCUAAUGGAGCCUAAGCUCAGCGGCUUCCUCACACCACUGGACAUUAUGCUUGGACUGCUGUCAGCUGCAGCCCAUGACGUAGACCACCCAGGGGUGAGCCAACCAUUUUUGAUCAAGACUAAUCACUAUCUUUGCAGUCUGUAUCAGAAUGAGUCUGUGCUGGAGAAUCACCACUGGCGAUCUACAAUUGGCAUGCUCCGAGAAUCAAGGCUCCUUGCACAUUUGCCAAAGGAAAUGACACAGGAUAUUGAACAAAGACUGGGUUCCCUCAUCAAGGCCACUGACAUCAACCGGCAGAAUGAAUUCCUGACCCGCUUGAGAGAUCAGCUCAACAAUCAGAAUCUGAGAUUGGAAGAUGCUCAGGACCGACAUUUUAUACUUCAGAUUUCGCUGAAGUGUGCUGACAUUUGCAAUCCUUGUAGGAUGUGGGAGUUGAGCAAACAGUGGAGUGAAAGGGUCUGUGAGGAGUUCUACAGGCAAGGUCACCUCGAGCAGAAAUUCGAACUGGAAAUAAGUCCUCUUUGUAAUCAACAGAAGGAUUCAAUCCCUAGUAUACAAAUUGGUUUCAUGACCCACAUUGCCGAGCCACUCUUCAAGGAAUGGUCCCAUUUUACGGAAAACAGUCCCCUCGCUGAAAAUAUGAUAAGUAAUCUCACAAGGAACCUGGCCAAGUGGAAAAGUUUACAACAUACACAACCCAGCAGCGGUGGGGACAGUACUGACAGUAAUAGCAACAAGAUCAAUGAUCAAACAGGCCAAGGAACUGAAAAUGAGGAGCAGACUGGAAAUGAAGGAGACGCCCCACAAUAGCGGCCCCGCCCUCUUCCCUUUGGCACUGCGAUCUUCUCUCUGCUAGUCGGGAUGAAGUUUGAAAUCUCAGUGUGCACAGGGCCAUCGAGAGCAUGAAAGGAAACAGAAUCUCUAAGAUCCUUGUCAAUAAACCCAGACUGCUUCUGGGUUUUGUUCCUGUGCUCUUUUGACCCCCUCCGUCCCCAUUUUUCUAAGUGUAUCAAAGCCAUUUGUCACUUCUGAUCAUUAGCUGCUUGAGUGAGGAACUCCGUUCAAUAAGUGCUGAGACUGGUCCCAGGAACAGGCUUCGCAACUAUCAGGGGAAGAUUGGAGAGGAAGGAAGGCAUCCUUGGCCACAAACUCCAUUUGCCCUUGGUCAUACUGUGACAUGCAGCAGUUCAUAGGUCCAGAGCACUGGACAGUUUUUUAAAAUCUGGCUACUGAGCUGCACAAUAAACCACCAGCAAAUUUGGAACUCAGAGGACACUGGUUUUAAGUGUGUGGGCAUAAAAGAGGGCAAAAGAAAGAAUCUUUUAUUUUAAUAAUAAUAAUAAUUAAUAAUAAUAAACCUUUUUAACUUUUAUAUUCUGUGCACUAGACAAAGGAUCUAAAACUCUGGACUAAGAUUACUCUAUCUACCCAACCGGUCCCAGAGGAGGCUCAUUUUGUUAAUAAUUUUUAUGCCACUUUAGGUUAAGAGACUGGCAUCUUCUCAAUUUAAGGAACAGUGGUUUCCUGUCAGAUCUGCGGGAAGGUGUUGUACAGUCCAUUCCUUUGCACCAUUAACCAACCUGUCAUUUUUGAUGCCUCCAUUUCAAUGACAUGUUUAUAUUCAUGCAUGUAUAUUUCCUGUAAAUACAAGACGCUACUGAUUCCCAUGCCAAAAUCCAUAAGUAUUAUGGGAUUGCUACCUGUAUAAACAAUGGCACUGUGAACAGAAUAUUGUUAGUUUUAAUACAAGAGAGAGCAUUUGUAAAUAUGGUAUAGAGUUUAUUAAUACACUAUUGUUUGCAGAUAAAGGCCUUAACUUUAAUCAUCUUUCAUCUUCUGAAAGCUUCCUGAACUCAUGUCUUCUCAGAUGUGUUUCUGAACUGCCUUUCCAUGCCCAUCUUUUCCGCUUUUCCAGCUGAGAUCAUAAAACAAAACUGUGUAAUAGUCUUUUUAAGAGAGUUUUUGGAAACUUCACAUGCAUUCCACUCAAGACCAUAGUGUUUAAUCUAUGGCACCUAACAUCACUUCCCCAGAUGAAUGAGAUUCUUCACAAAGCCUGAAGUAAUUUUUCAACACAGUAAUGUUACCCCUUAUAUUUUGACAAGCCAACUGAUAUGCUUGUGUUUCUCAGACUCUUGCUAUGGGCUUACGGCAGUCGGCAAUCUCCACAGGAGACCUAGCAGAUUUCCCAGACCACCUGUGACUCUGCCACCAUGUACCAGUUUGGGGAUUCCAUGCUUUUUACACCUAUGAAGUUGUCUGUUAUGGCUACAGUACCAAAGUAUCCCUUUGUUAUGGUUUGGAUUCAUUUCUUUGGUCUUAAAAGUAGCUGGUUUUGAUUUCCUCAUUUCACAAAAAACACUCAAUCCAACUGUUUCAGUUGAGGGUGUCAUUAUUUUUUUUAAAAAAAGGAAAACAUUUUGUUUCCCUUCAAGACUUUAUUCUUACUGUUGAAGGUCACUGGCUAAUUACAGCUUUGGCUAGAAUAGUCACCUUAGAUUGUUCUUUUUAGUUCCAAUGUCUUUUUUUUUUUUGCAAGGAUUUGCACGUUAAAUCAAUUAUGGCAUUCUAUUCCUCUGCCAAGUUCUGUGCAUUGAGCUGUGUGGCCGCACAAAUUCUAGCUUAAGUCACAUUAGAUGAAAAUAGGUAAUGCUGCUUUCUUUUAUCCUUAGGUUAAGCAACACUGCAGGGGAAAGACGACCAUAUCUGCCAUCACUAAUUUGUUUCUGCAAUCCCAGCUAUGGACGGCUCAAUCUUAUUUUCUAAAAUGCAACAGUUCCCUCUCAUUUUAUAUAAUGACACAUUAGAAAGAUGACCUAAUUAUAAUGAGCAUCUUUGGAGAGGGUGUGAGCUAAGCAGGAUUAAAAGUUUGAUAGAAAAUAUAGGAACGUGGGAUGUCUUGGUAUCAUAACAAAGGAAACUACUAAGUGACCCAAUCUAAUUCAAGUCAUGAAAAUUGUAUAAAAUGGAUGAAAGUCACAUUGAAGUUCAUAAAAAAAUUAAAUAUGAGGAGGGUGCUGUUGCAAAUACAUGACACUAGUUCUCCUUGCUCUGCAGUGGUUUCAAACUGACUUCAUAACAAUAAUUAAAGGUGUUCUUUACUAUCUCUAGGCUUAGUGGGACACCAGUAAAUGAAAGUUUGGAUAGGCUCCUCCUCCCAAAUCUCUCUAGUCUACCAGUUUUAGUUGGAUGUUGUAGAGCGGGCUUUUGAAUAUCUUAUUUAACAUCUUUAAGAUCAUGUCAGGGAAGGUAAUUAUGGGGCUAAUAAAGUAGAGACUAAAAAAGGUGAGAUCUCUUGUAGCUAGAUAUGUGGCUUCUUUGUGUUUAAGAAAUGCCUCAUGUUUAAAUUAUAAUUUAAAUAAAUGAAUAAGGUUUG